UUUCUUAGUCAUCCUCUCCUCUCCAGACCUCUCCAAACCUUUCUCAAAAGCCAAAUAAUGGGCGGAAAUGGAACUUCACCGUGCGCCUCUUGCAAGUUGCUGAGACGCCGAUGCGCCCAAGACUGCAUUUUUGCCCCUUACUUUCCCUCCGAUGACCCCCACAAGUUCGCCAUCGUGCACAAAGUCUUUGGUGCUAGCAAUGUUAGCAAGAUGUUACAGGAGCUUCCAGUUCACCAGAGAACAGAUGCAGUGAGCAGUCUAGUGUAUGAAGCCAAUGCAAGAGUGAGGGACCCAGUGUAUGGGUGUGUUGGGGCCAUUUGUUGCCUGCAAAACCAAGUCUCUGAGCUGCAAAUGCAACUUGCUGGGGCUCAGGCCGAGAUCCUUUGCAUUCAGAUGCAGCAAGAGCCUAUGGUACUCCCUUCCCAGCAGAUUGACACGUGCACAGACGAUGAGAGGACAUAUUUUCUCAACAACAAUCUCCCUCAGUAG